AUGUUGCUCGUUAUUUUGGUCGAGAUUGGGAACCUAGCUAAUGAUGAAAAUUUGAAGAUAAAAUUUUUUCCUUCGUCAUUGACGAAAAAUGCAUUUACAUGGUUCUCGAAUCUUAGACCGAAUUCGAUCACAACAUGGAAUCAGUUAGAAACUGUUUUUCACGUUCAGUUUUAUCAAGGAGAAAUGAAUGUAGCAGUUACUAAUUUAGUAGCUUUGAAACAUGAAGAUGGUGAAACCAUCGAUGACUAUUUAAUACGUUUCAAAAAUGCUAGAAGUAGGUGCUAUGUGACAUUACCUGAAAAUGAGUUAGUGAAAAUAGCAACUAUGGGGUUAGGAUUUUAUAUGCGCAGGAAAUUGCUUAAUGUGCAUAUUCCUGACUUGGCUCACUUGGCUGAAAAAGUUCGACAGGCUGAGCUUAUGAAAAAGGAGAAAGAAAAACAUAGAACUGAACAGAGGUCGCAGAGUAAACCGUUUACUCGAAAAGAGAAGGUUACUUAUGUAACUGUGGAAUCCUCAGAAAAAGAAAUUGAUUUUGAAACAGAAGUCGAUUUGGCUGAGCUUAAAAAAGGACCUCCAUAUGUUUGUUCUUUAUUGAAAAAACUACCUGGUAGUGAAAAGUCGAAUGAUUCAAAACUUAAAAGUGGAAAGAAAUAUAGUUUUGAUAUAUCAAAAUCUUAUCAGAUUUUCGAUGUGUUGCUCAAAGAUAGAUAA